AAUUUGACUGAAAAGGGGAAGAAUCUGACAAUAAUAUUUAGAACUUCAAAAGACAAUCAAGAUUAAAGAAGAGCUUUUAAUUGUUACAGAAAGAACCUGAAUGUAAAUUGUGAAAUACUGAAGUACUAUGGAAAAGAUACUCUUGAAUAUCGUUCUGUUAGCUACCUUUCUUUGGCCAGUGAUUGGUUUUCGGCCAUACAUGGAGCCAUUCUUUUUUCUUUGUAAUUACCAUGGCAACAAUGAGGAAGCUGGAGGAAUUGAAAAAGGGGAAGUAGCUCUUAGUGUGUCUGUUGAGGGCAAUCCUGAAUACUACACACCAAAUCAGUUUUAUAACAUAUCAAUAAAAACCAGUUUAAAUUUUGAUGGUUUUCUGCUGACUGGAUUGUACAGUAUAAACAGUGAUGCACUUCUACGUUCACAGUCACAUGGUGUGUAUCAUCGGCAACUAUCAGGAUCAAAUCUCAUGUGUUCCAUAGUGUUCUCACAUAUCAGUUAUCAACCAGAACAUGAGAUGAGAUUUAUUUGGAAAGCUCCACCUAGAGGAACAGGAUGCGUUAAUUUUUUAGCCACUGCAACAUUAGGCCAACAGUUGCUGUAUAAAGACAUAACUGUAUUACAGCUCUGUGAAGCAGGAGCACCUACAUUGUCUCCCUUGAGACCAGAUUUAGCCAGUAAAGAAAGCCAGGGAAUUGUGUUGAGAGAUGACUUUGAUUCCAGUCCAGACCUUGAUUCUAAUAUAUGGUCGUCUAGUGAUGGUCUAGAAGUUAGUAAGAAAUGUGGAACAGUGAUGUAUGGAUAUUCAGUGACCUUCUGUGAUCAAAAAGGCAGUAGGGAAAUGGUUACAGUACCAUUAAAUACAACAACUGCAGCUGUUUUGCAAUUUACUUUGUCUGGAGGGAAAUGUUUUAACCAGCACCAUCAAGAUGGAGAUAUAGUGAUAUCUGUUGGACUGAAUGGUUGUUCUAAUUGGGUGGAGAUUGACAGAGUUUGGUCACCAACCAGCAGUGACUCAGAAGUACAUUUAGUACCGCUUCCACAAAAAACAAGACUUGAUAGUGUUUGUUUUAAAUGGUCACAAUCAGCAGAAUUUGUUAAUGGUGGCAAUGAAUACUUGUCCAUUCUAUCUGAUGGCCCAUACACAGCAAAUGGCACGGACAACAAUAGUUCAGAGGUCAUUUCAGCCAAGCCAGGCAUCAAAUCAACUACAGAAAGUAUAGCCCCUAUAUAUAGAAUAACUAACAACAUAGUUACAAAUCGUCCAAUUCAAACACUGCCACCAUUCCAACCUAUUGGAAGGGGAGAUAAACCAGUGCCAACAUUUCAAAGUUGCUGGGCUAUGGAUAAUGUCCUGAUUGUAAACUUACAUGAUUUACCUACCAGCCUACAUGAAGAUUUUGAUCCAGUAGAUCCCAGUAAAUGGUUGUUUUUUCCAGGAGCUAAUAUCAGGCAAAAAUGCAGAUCAGAUAAUAAUGCCAUGUACUUCAGCCAAACGAAUCAAACUGCCAAUUUUGUUGUUACAAGAGACCUAAAUCUAAUGCCAGAUGAUUUAUCAACAGACCUGAUUCUAGAAGAACAGUUUGAAUUCAAGGAACAAAUAGGAUGGGAAGUCCAUGGUGGUAGGGUUGAUGUGACAUGUGGAGAGAUCUAUCAAGCCAAUUCAUUAGUGUUUGACAGUUCUGGUGAUAGGAAGGCUUGCACACCUUAUAUGGACACUAGAUCGGCUGGAAAUAUUAGGUUCUAUCUGGGAUUAGGCAGUGGUUCCUGUAAUGGUAAUAUUUCUAAGUCUGACAGAAUUGAUGUGUUAGUUUACCUAGAAGAUAAAUAUGAUCAUACAUAUGUACUCCAGAGAUUAGAGUUCGAGUUUUACCAGGAAUCUAAACUAGUAUCUGUUCCAAUAACUGGUGACCACAAAAUAUCCUGGGCCAGAUUCUGUUGGAUACAAAAGUUUCAUCAUGGACCUAACACAGACGUCUGGGCUCUAGAUGGUGUCAGGAUUUUAACACAUCAGCCAUCAGGGUUGAGUCAGAACACGAACAAAACAAUUCAAUUUGGUCUUAACAUGCAAUGUGGCAAUGAUCCUAAAGCUAACAAAGUAGAUUUGCAAUUUUCUUCUGAUUAUGGAAGAACUUGGCAUCGUCUUCAUACGCCAUGUUUAUCAGGAAGUUGUCAUGGUAACCAUCAACCAAUCAGUUCAACAUAUGGAUCUGUAAAUAUUCCAAGGUGGACUAAAAUUACCUUGCCCUUACCUUAUGCCGCUAUGUCACCACAUGUCAGAUUCAGAUGGAGACAAACCAAUAGAAGAGAACCCAACUGGGCUAUAGAUAAUGUUUAUAUUGGAGACUGUCCAGAAAGAUGUAAUGGACAUGGAUUUUGUACUGAUCAAGGAUGCAAGUGUGAUUUUGGUUAUGAUGGACCAACAUGUAACACUAAUGUAGUACAGAAUCCUACUCUGUUGAUGGAGAACUUUGAAGAUGACCAUAUAUUGACAUCGUCCAGUGUUAUGUCAGUGAAAGGGGCCACAAUUAGUUAUAUGUGUGGUGUCCUGUCCUCAGGGAAAGCUCUGGUGUUCAGUAGGAAUGGAGAGAGAAAGAUUGUUACAUCAGACUUCAACACAACAAACAGCAGAUAUUUACAGUUCUACAUCAGAGUUGGGAGUAAUUCCAUGUCAUCAUCAUGUCCUCCACCAGACAGGCCAGCAGAGACAGUCAUUUUGGAUUUCUCUUGUGAUGCUGAAGUGACAUGGAGCUUCCUUAAAGAAUUUAGCAGUAAUCAAUAUAGGUCACCCAAGUCAGAAAUGGUAUUAUUGCCGAGAAAUGCUAGGAAAUCAUCUUGUAGAUUCCGAUGGUGGCAGCCCUAUCAUUCUGGUCAGGGUCAUGAUGUAUGGGCUAUAGAUGGAAUAAGUCUCAAUCACCACUUAUUCAACACCUUGGAUGUAGAAUUAGAGUCUGAUACUAAUGCUACACAACAUUUGGUUGUCAAUAAAGGUCAAAUAACUGAUGGUUACUGCGAUGGGAGAAGAAGUGUCAAUUUUUAUGAAGAGAAAAAAGAUGGGGAUAUUAGAUUUCUGAUGACAGAACCAAUGCAUAUAGGACCUUCAUAUAUCAUUCAGUUUGACCUUGUGAUGGGAUGUCAUUUGAUGUAUGACAUGACAAGAAAUAACCAGAUUUAUCUAGAAUAUUCUGAUGACCAUGGUCUUAGCUGGUCCCUGGUUGUAGACCCAUGUCUGCCUCCUACAUCUUGUGAAGAGUACAAUAAAGGAACAGUAUUCGAUCCAUCACAAUACACAGAGUGGCGUCAGGUGACCAUUCCACUGCCCUCAGCUACAUGGGGUCCAGUGACAAAAUUUAGACUAAGGCAGUCAGAUUGGGGACCAACAGAUUCCUGGGGUAUAUCCAGACUCUACAUAGGUCAGCAGUGUCCUAAUAUGUGUGGAGGACAUGGCAAGUGUAUAGAGGGAGUUUGUCAUUGUGAUGAAGGUUACGUUGGAGAAGAUUGCAAUCCUACUGCUCCAAUGGAUUCUACCAUGCAGGCUGACUUUGGUAUAAGAUAUGAACCUAGCUCUGACUUUCUACAUAUCUGGGGAGGAGAAGUCACUAAUGGAGAUAAAGGAUGUGGAACUUUGUUCUCGGGAGAAACGUUGUAUUUCUCAGGGGCAGGAGCUAGAGAGGUACAGACUAAAGCCUUUAACACUUUGACAGCUGAUUACAUAGAGUUUUACCUCAGAAUUGGAGGUAAUUUACCUGACUGCAGUGGUGCAGAGACUCGUGAUGAGGGCAUUCUAUUGGAGUAUUCUGUUGAUGGAGGUACAACAUGGCAUCUGAUACAAGAAAUGGUUCCAUCACAAUAUAGACAGUCCAAGUUUGUUCACAAUGUCUUACCACAAGGGGCAAAGUCACCAAGGACCAAAUUUCGAUUAUGGCAGGUUAAGCAUUCUGGUGCUGGGAGAGAUCAGUGGGCUGUUGAUGAAAUCAGGAUUGGAAGUUAUGAGAGAAUGAGAAGUCUUCAAGAUAACUUCAAUAAUCAUGCAGACCCUGUUAAAUCGGGAAAAUGGUUGACAAUCACAGAAGGAGUCCGUGGGAAGUAUUGCCAAGCUAGAGAUUACACCCUGAUACUAGCAAAUCAACAGAAUGAUAAAUCAGUUGUCACAAAAGAUCUUCGGUUGCAAACAGGAGACGUUAUUCAGUUCAGGAUUAAUGUUGGAUGUAGUACACAAUUUCGUUUGGACCAUCCAGUUAUGUUACAAUACAGUCAUGAUGGUGGCCAGACCUGGAGGUUGGUCCAUGAACCUUGUUACCAGGAGUCUGACUGUAAUGGACUACAAACAGAGGGGACUAUCUACUACUCAGGACCCCAUGGUUCUUGGCAAAACAUUAUUAUACCUGUUUCAGAAACCAUAGCAAUGCAUCCAGUGAUUUUCCGUUGGUGGCAGCCAGGUGGUUAUGCCUUUAGUUUUGCUCUAAAUGAUGUAUACAUUGGACCACCAUGCCCAGAGAAUUGUAAUAGACAAGGAACAUGUGAAAACAACAGAUGUAUAUGUCAGGAUGGAUUCACAGGACCUACAUGUAAAGACACUUCAGUUACCCAGUACGGUCUAUUUGACUGGUUUGAUAACCACCAUGAUCCUUCUAAUGGCUGGAGACGUAUCCUUGGUGGCAGUUUAGGUCUGAAGUGUGGUGUUGUGGAUCAUGGGAAUGCUUUGUACUUUAGUGAGGAUGGAACCAGAGAAGCUGUCACUAAACCACUCAAUACUACAUUUCUAAGAAUGUUACAGUUUGUAAUUAAGAUAGGAGGUAAUGAUGGAUCCUUUAGUUGUACAGACCCUAGCAAUAGGAAUGAAGGUGUCAUAGUGGACUAUUCCACAGACAAUGAAAUUACAUGGACUGUUCUGAAGAUGGUGGAGCCUAGGAUUUACAAUACAACAAAAGAGUUUGUGACAUUAGAUUUACCAGCUGAUGCCAAAACAGAUCACACUAUUAUCAGAUUUUGGCAGCCUUUAGGUUAUGGAGGAUUGGGGAGAGCAGAAUGGGGUAUUGACAGUGUAAUUGUUGGUGUAAAUGAAACCAAUGCUAAAACUUUCUAUGAUGAUUUCAAUAUGAUGAUGCCAGAUCCAUAUAAAUGGCUACAGGCUGAGAGUGCAGUGGCAAGGUCAUCAUGUCAGUCUGGUGGCAAUGCUUUGGAGUUCAGUAGAGACACAGGUUUAAGAUUUGCCUCAACACAGGACCUCCAUGUGACACCAUCAACAUUCCUUCAGUUCGACAUAGCCAUGGGAUGUGACUCCCUGUAUGACAAUUUGUACGGUGUAAUGCUAGAGUAUUCUAUAGACAUGGGACAGACUUGGAGACCUGUGAUAGAGGAGUGUGCCCCUCCCAAGUUUGAGUGUACAGGAUAUCAUCUUAGUAGUGAAUACAUGUCAGACCAGCACAGGAACUGGACACGAGUAACAACAUACCUACCUGCUGGUGCUGUGUCUCCAACUACAAGAUUUAGAUGGAAGCAAAGCAGUUCUAUUCCCAGAGGACAUGUUUGGGCCCUGGAUAAUGUAUAUCUUGGUACUGGUUGUCCUUGGUUAUGUUCUGGUCAUGGUUAUUGUAGGGAUGAUCAAUGUAUUUGUGACCCUGGAUUUUCUGGUCCAGCCUGUAUUCCAUCAGAGCCACUACCUGCUAUUUUGAGAGAUGAUUUUAACACAGACACACCAAGGAAAGAUAACUGGUUAGAACUGUAUGGAGGAGGUAAUACUAAACUUUGUGGAACUGUGGUCAGUGGAAAUGCAAUGACUUUUACUGAGGAGAACAUGAGAUUAGCUGUGAGUAGAGACAUUGAUUCCAGCAUGCUACAAGCUGUAGAAUUUUACUUUAAAUAUGGUUGUAAUGGUAAUGAAAAAUUCUGGCCAAGAUCAGAGAGUGUCCUGCUCCAAUAUUCAAUCAAUGGUGGAAUAACCUGGAAUCUGCUGAAGGAAAUCAAUUACAGAAAUCAGUCUGAACCAAAGUUUUUUAGUAUAGAUCUACCAGUAAAGGCAAAAACCCAUGCCACUAGAUUUAGAUUCUGGCAACCUAGAAAUGAAGGUAAAAUGUUGUCAGCCUGGGCAGUAGACAAUUUACACAUAGGUAAAAUGCCUAUGAACCCAUUUUCUCUGACAGAUAAUUUUGAUGGUACAUCUCUCUCAGAUGAAUGGCUGUUUAUAAAUGAUGGUGUAGUGGAUUCAUUCUGUGAACAUAAAACAAGACAGGAUACAGUAGGAUCUGGCCAAUCAGCCAUGGUGUUCAGACAUGCACCAAAAUCAGGGGAACAUUAUGUUGUCACAAAAGACCUAGAUGUAGGGCCAAUGUCUAUUGUUCAAUUUGAUAUAAAUGUUGGAUGUGGUUCAAAGCCAUCAGAGAAAUACCCAAUUAGAUUAGAAUACUCUGCUAAUGGAGGUAAAACCUGGCAUCCACUGGUACCAAACUGUGCUGAGGUGUCGUCUGCUAGAUGUUUUGAUGUGGAUCUGUCACCAUCUAUUUACUAUGGAGGAACAAGUGCAUUUUGGAGAAGAGUAAUCAUACCAUUGGAUAAUGUUUAUGUAUGUGGAGCAUUGAGAUUUAGAUGGUAUCAAGGCUUUGUACCAGACGAUGAUUUUGCACCAGAAUGGGCCAUUGAUUACAUUUUCAUUGGUAUGGCCUGUAGAGAACAUUGUCUGGGUCACGGAGCAUGCUCAGAUACAAUGAUGUGUACCUGUGACGAAGAUCAUGGAGGUGAUAUGUGCACACCUUGGUCCCGUAACUCUCUCUAUUUAAAGGAUAACUUCACUCCAGUGGAUGUAGCUAUUCCUCUGAGAGAAUUUAAUGAAGAUAAUUCACAUCAUGGACAUAGAUUUGACAAGAAGAAAUGGUGGAUUUGGAGUGGGGCCAGGUUAUCUUAUCAUUGUGGUACACUUGUAUCAGGACCAAGUCUGACUUUCAGAAACAGUGGAGAAAGGGUCUUGACUACCAGAGAUUUGGACCUCAGCACAGCUAGUUUGAUUCAGUUUUUCGUGAGACUUGGUUGUAAGAAGACUCCACCUAAUCUGGCAACAUUCCCUGUAUAUCUACAGUACAGUAACAAUGGAGGUGUAUCAUGGACAUCAAUACAGCAGUUUGACUUCAAUAAGUAUAGUAACAGACCAACAUAUAUAGCCCUACAUUUACCAGAGAAUGCUAGGACCAAUAACACAAGAAUAAGGUGGAUACAACACUCUCUAAAUGGAACAUUCUUAGAGGACUGGGCUAUCGAUCAUAUAUUUAUCGGUGGAGAUAUGCAUGGUGUUGAGCCUUUACAAGAUGAUCCUAUGUUGCCAAGAGAAACCAGUUGGCUUCUGUUUCCUGGAGGAAAUUUGGAAAAUGUCUGUCAAUCAGAAAGCAAAGUCAUACAUUUUAAUGGAAACAACACCGUUAGAUAUGCCAUGUCUGGAGAUGUUAUUGUAGAAGAUGGAAGUUUUAUGCAGUUUAAUGUAACAAUGGGGUGUGGACCUUCCAAAGAUUGUUAUCAUGUAGAGAUUCAAUACUCCCAUGAUAUGGGUAUCAGUUGGAAGAAUCUACAACCAGCCUGUGGUCAAAAUGAUGUAGACUGUAAGAGAUUUGCUCCUGGAAGUUCCUUAGUGUCGGAUGUUAAUAUUGGCUGGAAUAGAGUCACUGUUCCCUUACCUUAUUAUUCUAAAUCUAAACAGACCAGAUUUAGAUGGAUACAGAUUAACCAUUAUAAAUCAGAUCAAGUAUGGGCCUUGUCUCACAUUUAUGUUGGAAGAGACUGUUACCUGAUGUGUAGUGGACAUGGGCACUGUUCAGAUACUGGAUGUCUAUGUGACAAGGAUUGGGCAGGUUUCAGUUGUGAAGAACCUACCAUAACACUACCACAUUACUUAUAUGAUACCUUCUCGACAUCUGUUGUCAACUCACAGCUGUGGACAAAGGUCAUAGGUGCUAGGAUUGAACAACCCUGUCAGGUCCUAGCAGCUGGAAAUGUUUUACAUUUUGUUGAGGCCUGUAGCAGAUUAUUAAUAACAACAGAUCUAGACUUAAGACAGGCAAAAUUCAUUCAGUUUUCUUUUAUGUUUGGAUGUAAUUCUAUGCCCACUAACCGUAACCAAGGUGUAUUGGUAGAUUAUUCCAUAGAUGGAGGAAUCAAAUGGAUGCCUAUCAUGGAACUUUACUAUGCCUUAUAUAGAUCUCCCAAGUUUGUAACAGUAAAUCUGCCUCAAAAUGCAAGGAAAAAUGGUGUACGUAUCAGAUGGCUUCAGAAUGAAAGUAGCAAUAAGCAAGGAGCUGAUUGGUUAUUGGAUAACAUUAGAAUAGGUGGUAGUUUGACCAAUCCAAAUACACUUGUCAGCCAUUUUGAUUCUAUAAAUGAUGAAGAAUGGUUGAGAUCAGACAAUUUACAAUCUGAUAGUUACUGUGGAGCCUCUGAUGUUGCCAUGGGAGCUCCGUUAGAAAAUGAGGAUUCUGUUUUGAUAUCUCGUGAUGUAGAUGUGUUGGAUGAUCACAUGUUACAGUAUGAAAUAAAUGUGGGUUGUGGUCAGUCUUGGAAUCGAUCAGUUUUACCAGUACAUCUACAGUACUCCACUGAUGAUGGUCUAUCCUGGCACUAUCUAACUCCACAAUGCCUGCCCAGUGACCCACAGUGUAAUGGAGGACCACAGAUGGCCAGUUUAUAUCACAACGAACCAAUGGGAAUGUGGAGAAGGUUCACAUACAAGUUGAAUGGUCUUCCUGUAUCAAGAGGUACAAGAUUUCGCUGGACACAGAAAGCAGAUAGAGGAUCAGACAGUAGCCAUUCAUGGGGUCUCAGAAAUGUUUUCAUUGGUCCUGCCUGUCCAGGACAUUGUAAUGGGCGUGGUUUCUGUAUAAUUGACAGAUGUGACUGUGAUCAAGGCUACACAGGCAGUGACUGUAGUAUACUUACUGACAACAAUCCUGCUGAAUUAAAAGACAACUUUGAAAAUCCCAAUAUCAAUAAAUCAAAAUGGUCACUAGUUGAAGGAGGAAAUAUUCAGAAAGGUUGUCAUAGUAUGGUGGAGGACACUUCAAUGGUGAUGGGUGGUCCUGGAAACAGACAACUAGUAACUGUUGACCUUGACCUUCAAAGUGCAAAAUUUAUUAAGUAUAUAGCAGUAAUUGGAGGUCAAAGUUUACAGGAAGGAUGUUUUGUACCUAACUCACCAGAGCACAGUGUGGUCCUACAGUAUUCUACAAAUGGAGGUAUUGAUUGGAAAACCCUACAUGUGCUUAGUUAUGGUAGUUACUUACAACCCAAGAAAGAUUACAUCAUUUUACCAGUAGAUGCCAGAACUCCCAAUACUCUGGUUAGGUGGUGGCAAGGCUUAGCUCAGGAUGGUUCACAGAAAGGACCACAGUGGCAAAUAGACAAUGUUUUUAUAGGUGGCUCAGAAAUAAAUCCAAGUUCAAUGAUGACAGAUUUUGAUAAUAUCCAAGGAGACCAAUCUUGGGAGUUUAGUCCUUAUGGUCAAAUCCAAGAGGAUAUUUGCACUCAUCAUGAUAAGUCCAUGUUCUGGGACAGUGGAAAUGGUGUCAAAAGUUUUACCACUGGUGAAAUGAUUGUACAGUAUGGAUAUAUGCUACAGUUUGAGAUUGUUGUUGGGUGUGACAGACAUGUAAAUGCUUGUAACCCUUACCCACCAAUCAGACUAGAGUAUAAUAAAAACCCUCACUCAGACCAAUGGAGCUUAUUACAACCAUUAUGUCUCCCUGACCAUAAUACAUUGAUGGAAUGUCAGCCUAGUUAUUACCAUGCUCCUAGUGUGUAUACACCUGAGGGUUAUCCUUCCUGGACACUGGUUACCAUGGAGCUGAAGGAUAAAGUUUUCUCAGGAAAUACCAGAUUUAGAUGGAAGCAAGAUGCCUCAGAAGUGGACGGAACAAUGUGGGCUUUGAAUCAUAUAUUUGUUGGAGAAAAAUGUCCUGAUAUGUGCAACGGCAGGGGCAUAUGUAAAGAUGGAGUCUGUCACUGUAGGAGCGGACAUGGUGGUUCUUGUCAACCUAUCAAAUUUGGAAUGUUGAGGAAAAUGCAUGAGACCUUUGAAGGAAGGAUAUACCCACAUUACUGGGAGUCUAUAACAGGAGGAGGCAUUGGUUUUGGAUGUGGUGCACUAUUACCUUAUGCUCAUGGCAAGACAUUAUACUUUAAUGGUUGUGGUUUAAGAGAGGCAAGGACAGCAGAAAUGGAUCUGUCUAGAGCUUUGAAAAUAAUGUUUGUACUACAGAUUGGUUGUAAGCAACAAACUGUAUCUUGUAAUGUAAAUGUAAGAGCUGAAUCCUAUCGAGGGAUUUUAUUACAAUAUUCUACGAAUAAGGGUGCAGAAUGGAAGCUGUUAGCAAGACAUGACCCAAGUCAUUAUCUCAACCCAAAGAGAGCAAUGUAUGACCUUCCGUCAGAUGCUAAAGUUGUAGGGGUCCAGAUUAGGUGGUGGCAACCAGUACAUGAUGGUGUAGGCCAUGAUCAAUGGGCUAUUGACUCAGUUGAAAUUAUACCGGAUCAUAACUCCUACUCUUCCAUGUUACAGAGAAGAAAAAGAAGAAAAGCAUAAAGGAUUAUCUGCAGAUCAUAAUUGGUGCAAUAUGUUAUUUGUGGUGUGGUGUAAAUAUAUAUGGAUUAAAUUUAUCCUAUUUAUUUUUAUCAGACAUUGUAAAUGUUUAAUAUGUGUACUUUUACCUGAAACUUUAUAUCUGAGCAAUUGCUUUUAGCGAUAAACAUUUGUUUUAACACAAGACAAUCAAUGCAAAAAUGAAAGGAAAUAAAGGUUACUUUUUA